AUGGUUGAUCAUAAGGAUAUAGAAUUUGCGCAAAUCAAAGUCAUAAAAACUGCAUUGCGAAAGGGCAAAAAAUAUGAUAAUCUUGCAAAAAAUUAUGGAGAAUAUCUAAAGAAAUUACGAGCUGAAAAGAAUCCGAAUGACUAUAUUAAGACAGUUGCAAUCAAGAUGUUCCCUAGCGAAGAGGCAUACAAUUUAAGGCUAGAAAAUUAUCGAAGUAGGUAUGCAGACAAAGAUUUGUGUACCAGCCUAGAAGAAUUAUAUGAGCUUUAUUAUCAUAUAGCUAAAGAGGAGAAUCGUGAAAGAUCAGAUGAUGAAAUAGAACAAAUUCUCAGAGCAAUGUCAAUCUAA